GCUCAGAACGCUGAUGCUGGGACAGAGUGUAUGAUAGUGUUAAACCCUGCAUGAAUUUAACAUUCCCUGGAUAUGCUGACGCAUUAUCUGGCUUAAGGUCCACUCCAUAGAGCUGGCCUAUCGCUGUCAUUGUGUCACCUAUCCAACACAGGAUAACAAGGACCCAGAAUGUUCAGCACAAAGAGGUUGAAGAAAAAGUCCCAGUCAGUAGACAUCCCUGAUGAGGGUUAUGCUGGUUCUCUCGUCAAAGACCUGCUGGCGUCGCCCCUCAUACAGAAUGUGGCUAGAACAGCCAUAAGGGAAGAAAAGGGGAUCAAUACCACUAACAUCCAAAAGGCUCGUAGUCCCCGUCGUGGAGAGCUCAAGCGAGGGUAUACCAUAGACCCCGGGCAGAAAAAGAGUGUGCUGGAGAGGAAAGAUGUGCGGAGGAUAUCCUUCCAGAGGCCCAAAGGCACCAUGGAGUAUGUGGUGGAGUCCCGGGACACACUCAACAGCAUUGCGUUGAAGUUUGACACGACUCCCAACGAGCUCGUCCAGCUCAACAAACUCUUCUCUCACGCUGUGGUCCCUGGCAAGGUGCUGUAUGUCCAUGAUCCGGAAUAUAUCUCCAGUGCAGACAGCUCUCCCUCCCUCAGUCCCAUCAGCCCCCUCUCCCCCACCUCUUCAGAGGCUGAUCUGGAGAAGGCCACCACAGAUUCAGAUGAUGUCCGUCGGAGGCACAGCACCCCCGGCCCAGGCCAUGGCCCCUCUCGGCCAGCCAGAGUGGUGUCAUCCACCUCCGAGGAAGAAGAGGCGCUUACGGAAAAGUUCCUUAAAAUGAACUGCAAAUACAUCACGGAUGGCAAGGGUAUAGUCAGUGGUGUUCUGUUGGUCACCCCAAACAACAUCAUGUUUGACCCUCAUAAGUCAGACCGGCUGGUGCAGGAGCGAGGAUGUGAGGAGUACGGGAUCAUGUGCCCGCUGGAGGAGGUGCAUUCUGCAGCCAUGUGUAGGGAAAUCACCGACAUCAGGGUCCAAGAGCUUGUGCCACCAGAUCUGGAGCUAGAGCCUUCUGUAACUGAGGUGAGCCAUCUCAAGAGGGCGCCACGUCUCACCGCAGCCGAUGCAGCACACAGAAUCCGUGAGACGGGCAACGACAGUGCCAGUACGGCCCCUCGCAGCACAGAAGCUUCUCUGUCCGAAGAUGUUUUUACAGAGUCAGAACUCUCUCCGGUCCGUGAUGAUGCCCUCGCAACAUCUUCCGACGAGCUGCAGCAGAUAAAGUCCUCUGGUGCAUCUUCGGAAUCAGUGCAGACCAUCAACACAGCUACUGAAGAACCUUCAAUGGUCGACACAAAGGAUGUAAAAGAAGCUGUACAAGAUGCAGAAACUGAGGGAAGAGGAUGGAGGGAUAGUGGCAUCGAGCAGAGUCUGAAUACUACAGAUUUAUCCAAUGAGUUGGUGUCUGAGAACGUUCUGGAGAACAUAAAAAGGGACCAGCCUGUGGAUGAGGCCAAAUCACGCACCACAUCUGAGUCGCUUUGUUCGGACACUGUGGCUUUUGAGGAUUUUGCAAAAGCCCAUGAGAUACAAAAGAGCAUGGAAGCUCAGACUAUGCAAACAACCAAUGAUAUGAAGGAAGGAGAACCAGGGAUGACCAAUGAAUUCACACCAGCUAAAGAGGUUGGAGCAGAUGAGGAACAGAGUACAGAGGAAGUUGUGCCGGGGCCCAAAGGCAAGCAGAAGUCCAAGUUGCACAAGUUCCUGUGCCUGCGGGUUGGCAGGGCCAUGCGGAAGACCUUUCUUUCUCACGCCAGUGCCUCCAUGCAGCAGUAUGCCCAAAGAGACAGGAAGCACGAGUACUGGUUCGCUGUUCCUUCUGAGAGGUCAGUGCUAUUCCUAGUUUGGCUGAACUCCACUUUAAAUGUCUGCUUCCUGUACUGCUCAUUUUUACUUUCUUUGAUGCUUGACAAGAUUAUUUAUUAUAUGCAAGAAGUAAUGUUUUUCUCCAGAAGAAUUAAGGAGGGAUGUCCGCUGACGCCUAAAUACAGCUUUGGUCUGGUAGUUUCUGUGACUGAGUACUACCGGAGGAUAGAUGCGCUAAACAGUGAGGACCUGCGCUCGCUCUGCAAACGUCUUCAGAUCACAACCAAGGAAGAGGUGAACUCCAAACACAUGGUGAAGAGUGACCCAGAACCCGAAUCAUUCAGGCCCAGUCUGAACGAGCCUAGUGUCCUGCUGCAACCUGAUCAGAUCGAGAAGCUGGCCAAACACCUCCCCCCCAGAACGAUCGGCUAUCCCUGGUCUCUGGCAUUCAGCACAUCCAAACACGGCAUGAGCAUCAAGAGCCUGUACCGCGCCAUGCAGGGCCAGGACUCCCCGGUACUUAUGGUGAUCAAAGACAGUGAUGGACAGGUAUGA